AUGACAUGCAGCUUUCCAGAUCCUCAUUGGAUAAGUAUUAGGUCAAUGAUACAUUCCCAUCUUCAUGAAGCCCCAGAAUUCCGUGUGUUGGUCAUCUCGAAGAGGGGAUAUGGUACCCGUCAGCUGGUGCCGGACGCUCCCAAGGCAGCAAGGACAAGUAUAUACCAAUCAAAUGCUCCCCAUGCCGUCGGUGCGAUACAUCUUGUCAUAUAUUCCUGCCUAAUUUAUGCGGUCUGA